UCUGAGCUGUUGUUAUCAUCAGACUGAAGUGUUUGCACAUACCACAGUAAAAUUACGUAAAACUUUCUUAAUGGGUAAAUACAGCGGAAAUAUUUUAUUUACAACACAUGUCGGUAACACAUCAAUUUAAUACUUUAUAUCUUCCUUUUUAUUAUGGGCAUUAUCUAGUGUGGUUUUAACUAUGUGUGUGCUCAAGCAUUAACGCCUUUUUAAACUAUCACAAGGUAGCGAUAGUUAUGUGAAAAUGUUUAAUUAAGAUUAAAUUAACAAUGUCGGUCUCUGGAAAAAGAGUUGGAAUUUCGAGAAACUUUUGUGAAGCUUGCCUCGAUGGAAAUGUCACUACAGUCGCAGACGGAGUUUGCAAAGAAUGUAAGGAAUAUAUGUGUAACACAUGCUUUAAACAUCAUCUUAAAGCAAGGCAAUGUAGACAUCAUGUUUUAGUUGAUAUAGGUUCAACUUUAGUUCUUGAGAAAGAUGAAACAUGUAAACAACAUGCAAAUGAAAUUAUCAAAUACUAUUGUCGCAGCCAUGAGCGAGUAGGUUGUGGCGACUGUAUGGUUCUUGAACACGGCGAAUGUAAGACUGACUUUAUUGAAAAGUUUUCGAGAAAAUUUUCUGAAAAUGAAGACUUCAAAGACAUGGUUCAGCAACUUGAAAAUUUGUCAUCUGCAGUCAAAUACCAUAAAAUUAAGGUAAAUACUGAUAAAAAAGAACUCGAAGCGCUUCAUGACAAAACAUUGAAGGACAUCAGACGAUUUAAAGCAAAAAUAACAAAGGUAUGUGACGAAGCUGAAGCUAAAAUUCUAGCCGAUGUUGAUGACUUAAAGUCUGAAUAUGACGAGUUACUGGAGAAGUUAGAGAAAGGUUUAAAAAUGAUUUCGUACCAAAUUGAUAGAGUGAAACUACAAAUAAACAAAGAAAUAGUUCGCGGAAAUGCGUUGUUUAUCCGCUUUACUCAGAAUAAGCCAGCAAUUACUGAAAUGAAACAGAAACUUGAACAUAUAACGCUGAUUCAUAAUUUGAAUAGAUUCGAGUUCAAACCAAAUGAACGACUUAUUGACUUUUUUACAACCAUUGAAAACUUUGGCAGUAUAGCUGUGGGUGUUUCUCGUUCUAAUGAAUUGGAAAAUUGUGUUGACCAUGCUGAUGUUGAAGGAACUGAACAAGAUGAAGAAGAGACUGAACCGAUAUGUAUUGGCGCCCGCGUACGCCCACUACCAGACUGUACACUUGGAAUAUCAAGUCACAAUAAGGAACCCGGUACAAUAGAACAUGUGGAAUGUGGCGGAAUCAUUACUGUGAAAUGGGACUAUUCAGGCCAAGUGAAGUAUGGUUACAGAAUUGGAAAAUCCAAGUGUGGAAAUGGUAUUGAACUUAUCUAAAGAUAAGAUUAUAAAAAGUAACAUAGUAUUCAUGAAAUAAAAUGACAGAUAUGUAAUUCUUCUGAUAUGGAAGACGAGUUCCAUUUUGUAUUAAUGUGUUCCAGGAAUGAAUGGAUCAGGAAACGUUAUAUUGACAAUUAUUAUUAUGAACGGUCCGGUAUAUUCAAAUUUCUUGAAUAAAUGUUAGUUACAAACAUGGAUGUAUUGAACAAAUUUGCUUGUUACCUGAAUUUUGCUUUAAAAUAAGAUUUAACGAACUACUAAAUUUUGUAUAAUAUAAUAUGUUCAUCAGAGACAUAUUGUUAAUGGCAGGGGACAUAUUCGAAUGAUGGCCCCGUCAAAUUUAUUAAAAACUUAGACAUAGAGUUUUGAAGGUACCGAAAACUUUAAAGAAUUGUUCUUAUGAUUCAUAUUUGUUUUUGUUACACAUAUAUUGUUAUUCACAAUAUGAUUAUAUGUUAUAUUAUAUAUAAAAUAUAUUGACACAGUUCAAUAUAGUGAUGUA